UGAUCCCUUUCUGGAAGAAUUUACCCACUCAGGAGACUCCACAGACAUCAAAAUCAUGAUGUAGUACGUGUCAGGAUGUAGAUAUGUCUUAUGAAGUACACACAAAAUGUAGGUAGGUCAAGUAUAUUUGGUUUUGGGGAGAAAUAUGCGUCUUUGGUAAGUUUAUUUGGGUGACAUUGAGCUCUUUGCCUUUAAUAUUAAUGGAACAAAUUCAUUCUUGUUUCACUGUCAUUCAAGUCAUCCUGGUCUGCCCUGCUGUGCGUGAAAGGGAUGAAAACUUCACCCUGCAAAAGGCAAUUAUGGAAAACCUCAGCCAGCAGUUGGAACACCUCCAGGCUCAGAAUUUGAACUUGUCAGAAACUGUAAAGCAACUUGCCACCUCCAGAGGUACAUACUGGUGGGAAGAAGGUGAUUCCACCUCAUGUUGUGCUGUACUAGCACUCUCCUACCAGCAGUUAUCCCAUUGCAUGGAGAAGAAAAAGAGUACCCCAGCACUCCAUCUCAUUAGGAGUUGCUGCUUCUCUGUGAUAGAGAGGCUGUGCACUGCUCUUGUGAUCUUGCAGAAAUCCACUAGACUAGAAGAGACUGCCAUCGCUGACAAAGCUGAUCAGGUGCUGUUUUGUUUUCAAGGAUAUAAAUGUACUCCUUGUCCUGAGACCUGGCUGCAGUAUGGGGAGAACUGUUACUACUUUUCAAAGGAAUGGAAAACUUGGCAAGAAAGCAAGGCUCGGUGCUCUGCUCUGGAGUCCAGAUUUCUCAAGAUAGAGAGUUUCAGAUCCAAGAAGUCAGCUCAAGUCCUUUCCUAG